AUGGUCGUAUCAUCGGUGGCCAUGAGUAGCACACUCACGCAAAUGGUGGCCGCGGUAUGGGUGGCCACGGUGGUGAUGGGUAUUGGUGUGGGGGGCGUGGAGGGGGCGCUCGUCAACCCAUCGUUCAUCCCGCUGAGUAACAUCGUUGAUAACCUCCCUGUCGGCAAGCCCCCCGGGCUGGAGGAUGACCGCCCCGGCCCCGCCCUCUCCCCCGACGAGUUCGCAGCAGAGAUACCGACGGGGGAUUUCGUGGACGACGGGGGGGCGGGCGACCCCCUCGAGGAUCCCAGCGUCUUCCAGGGCGACAUUUGGUUCAAGGAUGAGGAGGAACGGCGCCUUAUGACGCAGGAGUACACUACGGGCAGCCCCCGCAAUGCGGUCCUGCAGCCCGACCGCCUGUGGCCCCACAAGGAGAUACCCUACGUCUUGUCCUCCACAUAUAACACCCAGCAACGGAUCCUGAUCUCGGCUGCCAUCAAGGAAAUCGAAAGCAAAUCCUGCGUUAGGUUUGUGCCUCGCAAGACACAGAAGGAUUACAUUCAUCUGUACAAGGGGGAGGGAUGCUCAAGUCAGAUCGGCAGGAUCCACAAGGACCAGGCUGUGUCCCUGGCCGACGCGUGUCUCAAGUUCGGCGUGAUCGUACACGAGCUCAUGCACGCGGUUGGCUUCUGGCACGAACAAUCCCGCUUUGAUCGUGACGAUUACAUCGUCAUCAACUGGCAUAACAUCCGCAGCGGCAUGGAACAUAACUUCAGGAAGUACCAGUGGGACUUUAUAUCCAACCUCUCCAUGCCUUACGACCUGGACUCCAUCAUGCACUACGGCCACUUCUCGUUCUCGACAGACCACAAGAGAGGACUUAAGACCAUUGAGCCUCUUGACGGAAAGAGCCUCAUAGGCCAGCGCCGGGGACUGUCCAAGGUGAUGGGGACUUGGAGGCUGGAGGGAGAGGGAUGCUCAAGUCAGAUCGGCAGGAUCCACAAGGACCAGGCUGUGUCCCUGGCCGACGCGUGCCUCAAGUUCGGCGUGGUCGUACACGAGCUCAUGCACGCGGUUGGCUUCUGGCACGAACAAUCCCGCUUUGAUCGUGACGAUUACAUCGUCAUCAACUGGCAUAACAUCCGCAGCGGCAUGGAUCAAUAUAUAUUUUUGACAUUAAGCCUCACGAAAACAUUUGCUGAAAUAAUGUGUGAACUAGCGCACUUAGUGCUGCUAGUGACUGUACUAGCGCUGCCAUCCAGCACGGUCGGUUUACUGCCGGGGGAGCGCAGUUCUGACCCACUUAAUGACAUCGCCGCCAUCUCCCACACCGACACAAACUUGAUGCACCUACCCAUCGGCAACUCCCCCCAGAUCAGCACGAUCAGCAGCAGAAAAUUCGUGGCCCACAUGGCGUGGUCCCGCCGGGCUGUGGUCCUGUGGGACACACGACACCGUGGGAGAUAA